GUGGGCAUAACGAUGGUGGGCAGUGCAGAGGCUGUGAGGGCCGGCAUGAGGGGAAAGCUCCUCCGAAUCACCCACUACUACCGCGACUCACUAUGGGGCUUUCUGUCCGACCUGGUCGUGGUGCCUGGCUGUGCUGGUCGUUCCUCUGCUUUCACGCGUAUCCGCUCUCGCUUGUUCCAUCCAUCCCACCUCCCUCUUCCCACCCCAACCCACCACGCCACGUGCCAAACAGGGGCUUUCUGCCAGACCUGGUUGUGCCUGCCUGUGAUGCCUGGCUGUGCUGCUCGUUCCCCUGCUCUCACGCGUAUCCGCUCUUGCUUGUUCCAUCCCUUGUCUUCCACCCCAACCCACCACGCCCACAGGGAGACAGCAGAGGGCUCCUACGUACCAAACAAGGGAUUUCUGCCGGACCUGGUUGUGCCUGACCCGGAUGCCGCACCUGCUUCUUCAGAGGGAGCAGCACCUGAAGAUUCACCUGAAGAUUCAACUGAUGAUUCAACCCUAAACCCUGGAGGGGGGGAAGGGGGGCAGGGCGGGAUGAGGGUUGGGGUGAUGAGGGGGGAGAGGCAGCUGGCAUUGACGCCAGCACAGAUGGACGAGUUGUUGGAUCGCUGUUUGCUGCAAGCCCUCUCCGUCUCUGUCAAGCCCGCCCACCUGCCCCUCGGAGCUAGCACCCUCUGGUCCAAUCACGUGCUGCCAUGUCGGCCGCCCGGCACAACAGUGGACAUCAAGAAGUCGUCUCACAAGAAGCUGAGCAAGUGGCUGCAUGCCAAGGCCGUUGACGGGCUAGUGAGUGCGGGAGAGAUUUACACUCUUACAUGCGUUUUCAACCGAAUGUCACAUGAGCGCCUCUCCAAGUGGCUGCAUGCCAAGGCUGUUGAUGGGCUGAUAAGCAGCAAGGAGGACAAGCACAGAAAGGAGUUCAGCCUCUCUAUAAGCGGCAAGGAGGACAAGCACCGAAAGGAGUUCAUCCUCUCUGCUAUCAACUACCGCCACCCGACCCUCAUCGCCUUCACGCCAGAGAAGACAAACAAGCCCGCCCAGACCCCUGCUGCUGCAACCCUUGACGCAUCCCGAGCCGCACCUGGAGCACCGACCACCACCACCGCCACCACCACAACCACCAGCAACGGUAGCGGCAGCAGCAGCAGUGGAGGGGGGUUGACAGUAGAGGAGGUAUUCAAACCCACCCACCACGUGUCAGCCAUUUUCGAAGCCGUAGGGCUCGACCCACACGCCUACUACUCCCCUUCCGCUGCUCGCGAAGCUGCUCUCUCCUACAUCUCCCUCCACUCCCUCACAAAGCCCUCCGACCCCUCUGUAGUCAUCCUCGACGCACCGCUCUGCGACGCACUGUACAAAGGCGCGAUAAAAAAGGGCGCCGCGUACCCCACAGAAUGCCACAAGCGGGACGUGGGGCCCACUAUAGUGAAACGCAUACAGGCGCAUCACAGGGUGGAGAGGGCGGGGAAGAGCGUGGUGCGCAAGGGAGGGUUGGUGCCGGUGCAAAUACUGGUGGAGAGGCGGCAGGGCAACAAGAAGGUGACGCGGGUGUCGGGGCUGGAGGCUUAUCUGGUGGAGGCUGAGCCUCUCGCUGCUGAGCUGCAGAGGAAGUUUGCCUCGAGCACAUCCGUGGCUGAAGUUCCAGGCAAGAAGGGGCAGCAGGAGGUGCUGAUUCAGGGAGGGGUGUUGGAUGUUCAUGUUCUGCCCCUCCACCCUCUCUGCCCUCCCUCCCCACCCCCAUGCACCCAUGCACGAAGCAGGCAAGAAGGGGCAGCACGAGGUGCUGAUUCAGGGAGGGGUAUUGGAUGA